ACCAACGACAUCACUCUCGACGCCGGCUGCCGGCGUGUCGUAUGUGUCCACUCCGGUGAUGGAGGAAGAUGACAUUGUGGACGGCGAUUUCUACCUCCUUGCUAAGUCGUAUUUUGACUGCAGGGAGUACAGAAGAGCUGCUCAUGUGCUUCGUGAUCAGAACGGAAAGAAGCGGUCGGUCUUCUUACGCUCCUAUGCUCUUUAUCUGGCUGGAGAAAAACGGAAAGAGGAAGAAAUGAUAGAACUUGAGGGGCCCCUAGGAAAGAGCGAUAUUGUGAAUGGUGAACUGGUUUCUCUCGAGAGGGAGUUAUCAACCCUUCGCAAGAAUGGGACUAUUGAUCCUUUUGGACUCUACUUGUAUGGCCUUGUGCUCAAAGACAAAGGCAGCAAGAGUCUUGCUCUUACAGUUCUUGUGGAGUCUGUUAAUAGCUAUAGCUACCCUUGGAACUGGAGUGCCUGGUCGGAGCUGCAGUCGUUGUGCACUACAGUUGAUGUCUUGAACAGCCUUAAGCUCAAUAACCAUUGGAUGAAGGACUUCUUUCUCGCCAGUGCUUAUCAAGAACUGAGGAAGCACAGUGAAUCCUUAAAACAAUAUGAAUAUCUUAAGGGCACUUUUGUUUUCAGUAAUUACAUUCAGGCUCAAAUUGCAAAGGCACAAUACAAUCUCAGGGAAUUUGAACAAGUUGAAGCAAUUUUUGAAGAACUUCUCAGGAAUGACCCUUAUCGAGUGGAAGACAUGGACAUGUAUUCCAAUGUGCUAUAUGCAAAGGAGUGCUACUCUGCACUAAGUUAUCUUGCCCAUAGAGUAUUUAUCACUGAUAAAUACAGGCCUGAAUCUUGUUGUAUUAUCGGAAAUUACUACAGCUUAAAAGGGCAGCAUGAGAAGGCGGUUGUGUACUUUAGGAGGGCACUCAAAUUGAACAGAAACUAUUUAUCUGCUUGGACCCUUAUGGGUCAUGAAUAUGUUGAGAUGAAAAACACCCCAGCUGCUAUUGAGGCAUAUCGACAUGCUGUAGAUAUAAAUCCAUGUGAUUAUCGAGCUUGGUAUGGAUUAGGACAAGCUUAUGAGAUGAUGAGUAUGCCCUUGUAUGCUCUUUAUUACUUCAAGAAAUCAGUAUUCUUGCAGCCAAAUGAUUCUCGGUUGUGGAUUGCUAUGGCCAAAUGUUAUGAAACUGAACAGCUGCACAUGACUGAGGAAGCGAUGAAGUGUUACAAAAGGGCAGUUAAUUGUAAUGACAGGGAAGCAAUUGCCCUGCACCAACUAGCAAAGCUAAAUUCUGAACUUGGACGUUCUGAAGAGGCAGCUUAUUACUACAAGAAGGAUUUGGAGAGGAUGGAAGCCGAAGACAGGGAAGGACCAAAUAUGGUAGAAACCCUGUUAUAUCUUGCUCAAUACUAUAGGCAGCAGAAAAGAUUUGAAGAAUCAGAGAUCUACUGUACCCGUCUUCUAGAUUAUACUGGCCCAGAAAAGGAAACAGCAAAGAGCUUACUUCGAGGAAUGAGAAUAGAACAAGCUGGUGGUCCUUCAAUGGAUGUUGAGCACUUUCCUCCCUAAUUUAGUCAUGAUGUAUGAAUAUGAAAAUGCUCUUGUGGAGAAGAAGAUGCCCAAAGAGAAUUGGCUCUAAUUUAAUAGAUUAUACAAGGUUGGUAUCGGUUUUGAUUGAUGUAAUUUGUCAUUGGGGUAUCAAAUCCUAGAUGAAUUGGUAUGAAUGUUGAUUACAAUAGUCUGAAUGUUUCUAUAACUACUGCAUAACUGCCAUGUGCAAUGGUGCUAAGCUUGUUAUCUAGUUUGAGAAUCGAGAUUAGUGAAGGCAUAUUCUAAUGGUACUUGAAGGGUAAGGCCUUCAAAUACAUGUAUGAAGAAUGAUAUAUUGAUAGUAUUGAAAGCACAAUA